AUGAAAGGCAGGCAUCAAUUUCGUCGGCGUUUUAGCUUGCAACCCUCCUUCUUGAAAGAAGAACCAGAUGAAGAUCGAAGGCCGCCAAGACCAGACAAAACCGAGCACACAGUGACAUCUAGCAGUGGCAAUCUCACUAACAAUUCUGUGCGGCACAAAAUUGUCGUGCUAGGCGCUGCUAAAGUUGGUAAAUCGUCGCUGAUAUCACAAUUCCUAUAUGGCACAUUCUGCACUAAAUACAAACGAACUAUCGAGGAGAUGCACCAUGGAGACUUUAAUGUAGCUGGUGUGAGAUUGACCUUAGAUAUUUUGGAUACAUCGGGAUCCUAUGAGUUUCCUGCAAUGAGAACAUUGUCUAUGCAAUCAGCGGAUGCCUUCAUAUUAGUUUACGAUAUAACGGAUGCGGAUAGUUUCGCUGAAGUUCGGGCACUCAGGGAUCAAAUUCACGAGACUAAAGAGAGUACUGCAGUACCUAUAGUUGUUGUCGGUAAUAAAGUGGAUUUGGCGGAAUCAGGAGAGAGACAGGUCGAGUUUCACACAACCGAGUCAGUAGUAACAGUUGAUUGGGAAAAUGGAUUUGUGGAGGCAUCAGCCAAGGAGAAUAUAAACGUGUCACAGAUUUUCAAAGAGUUAUUAGUACAGGCGAAGGUGAAAUACAACCUAUCGCCAGCACUACGUCGACGACGACGGCAGUCCCUGCCCACCGGCCCCCACGGUCCUCAUGGGUCUUCUCCCUCACCAUCACCCUCCAACCAACCACACGUACCCUCACCAGCUCAACUCGCACACUUACAACAAAUAAGAGAAAGACAUGCUAACAGCAAACGCAACUCUUGCGUCAUUUCC